CUAUACCUGGCCAUACGUGCCUUUUGUUCCUCACCGUAGAAAUCUUAUCUCGUGUUCUCUCGAUCCUUCCUCUUCCUCUCUUCCUAUGGUCUCAUCCCCAUCUCACCACACCAGAAAGCAAGACGCGGCUGUGUCACUGGGUGCACGGAGAGGCCGGAGGCGACGCCCGGCUGAGCCCAGCAGCGAGAUCUCACCACUCUGCCGCUCUGAUGCUGCAGGAGGAGGCUCCGCCGGCGAGCGGCUCUGGCCACGAGGACUGCUAGGCAGUGCCUCGGCGGCUGCUCCCACGCACGAGCUGCUCCAUGGGGCAGACGACAACCACUACUGACGCCCUUGUGUUCCAGGUUCCAACAGCCGUGAGGUGCCGACGAGCAUACGGAAUCAAGCUGCCGCAAACCCAACAUCGACGAUCCUGCAUCGCAACUCUGACGGCGUCGACGCCCGUUGCAUCGCAGCUCUGGCACACGCUGCAUCGCAGCUCUGGCGGCCGCAUCACAGCUCUGACGGCGUUGGCUCCGUCAGUCGCUGCAUUGCAGCCCGGCGGCAUCGAUGACCGCUGCCUCACAGCUCCGGUAGAGUCGACGUCCGCUGCAUCACAACUUCGAUGGCCGCUGCAUCGCAACUCCGGCCGCGUCGACGCCCACUGCAUGGCAGCUCCGGCGGCAUCGAUGCCCGCUGCAUCACGACUCCGAUGGCCGUUGCAUCGCAACUCCGGUGGUGUCGACGCCAGCUGCACCGUACCUCCGAUAGUCGUUGCAUCACAGCUCCGGUGGUGUCCUAACUGUUGUCGUCGAGCUGGAUGGGGAAAUAUCGACAGGGAACUUCCUCUUGAAUAUUCAUCACUACUUCCAAGCAGUCCGAGGCCACACACAGAGAAAAGACCUGCAAAUCAGAGGCGAGGGAGAGGGCCUCGCAACAGGCCUGUGCUUCGAUGAUCGUUGGAUCAAGGCGGCCUUCGUGGAUGAUGGCCGAGGCACCUAGGAAGUUGCCGCGCUUAUCUCUGCAUAUCACUGCUGCUGCUGCCCGAUCUCCGAUCUUCGAAAAGCCACCAUCAACAUUCAUCUUGACAUCAUGACGCUCCGGCGGGAGCCACGCAUACGGAGGUGGACCCCCAUGGCCAUCUCUAGUCACAUGCAGGUCCCUAGAGUUCACAUGCAGGUCCCUGGAAGUUACGUGUAAGUCCUUGGGGUGUACUUUCGUGUCUGGCAACAUCUCGAGCUCUGCUAGAAACUUGUCGAUGAAAGUAUGGGUACUCAGUGGGCUUUGGUACUGGUUGCCAUGGAUGGCUCGGCGCCUCACCCACCAUAUGGCCCACAUUGUAACCAAUACACGUGCUAGAUCAGCCGAAGGUAGGGUAUCAACCAACCAAAGCA